AUGUUUUAUCCAGAUCGAGCACCAGUCGCCCCAUUACUUGGUACUCCUGACAGCCGCAUCACAUCUUUCGAAGGAGGCACGACAAAGAGCUGUGCUACUAUACCGGAAGACGAUGAGGAAGAAUCUCCAAGCUGUGAAAAAAUUGAUGAUCUUGUUUCGAUUGAUAGGACAACGACCUCUACAUCUGAACAGAAGUCUCGCCAAUGUUACAACUCGCAUUCUUCCUACAACCUUGUUUUGCCCGUUUCUCCUCCUGAGUUUCAGAUCCCUGUGCCUUUGUAUUCGCCGCCAUCAGUACCUUCGAAUCCAUCCCGACCUAGUCAAACUAGUCGAAAUGGAACACACGGUAGUCCGGAAGAACCGAGUCCGUCUUUGCAAAGCAUUGGAAGUAUUCACCUAGACUCGCACAGCGUUAGAGCGGAUCUAGAAAGACUGGAAUGGCGUUGGAUCGACGAUGGAAUGGCGCUGUCACGAAUCGAAGAAGAAUCCGAAGGAUAUGAGGAACGAGCGAUGCGAACCGUAUUCAGCCAAGGUAGUUUGGACAGAGAACAAAACUUUGUGAUACCUCGAAGCAUCUCAGAACAGUUUGAACUGAUGCGACGGAACUGA